AGAGAGGAAGGAGGAGGACGAGGAGGAAGAGGAGCAGAAGGAGACGAGGGGAUGACUUUGAAGGAGUUCCGGGAUGUUUUGAGCCCUGUGAUCGGUUCAGACAGUCAGGCAGGAUGGAUAGAAAAGUUCUACAAGGAGGUGGACAUCACCUGUGUGGGCAGUGUUGCCUGGGGGGAUCUGUGUGGCUACCUGCUGCAGCAGGCCAGAGAGAGAGAGCUCUCCUCCAUCCCCAGAGGGGCCCUGUUGGACACUGAACCCCUCAUCACACACUGCUCUCACAACAAGCAGGAGCCCACUACGCGUGUGGUGGCUGUCCCCCAUCCACCCCCCCUCCGCUACAUCAGUGUCAGCAAGGGCGGGCUGCUUACUGUGUGGAACAGCCGCCUACACAUCCUCAAGACGCUGGAAGCUCCAGGGCGGCGCUCUCUGCUCCUGUGGGGGGAUGAGAGGGGUGGGGUCCACCUGUUGUGGUUCCUGUUGCCUCUCUCAGGGUUGUUUGAAAGCCCCUUCAGCGAGGCGAACGGACCACAGAAGAUCUACAUGCAGCACCUCCCGUCCAUCCACCAAGAACCAAUCAACAGAGUCCUUUAUGAUCCCCACACAGAUCUCAUCAUGACAUCAUCCGGAAGUGACGAGUCGUCUGUGGUCAUCAUGGAUGCAAGCCUCAAAAGGAAUCCCUACAUUUGGAACAUUAUGAAGGGUGUGCAGUGUUUCGACUACAGCCGGCCUCUGGGUCUGUUGGUGACCGGUGGGCUGGACCCCGCGGUGCGUUUGUGGAACCGCUUUGUGCCGUCUCGGCCCGUUGCCACGCUGGAGGGUCACGGCACCACGGUGGUGGACCUGGCCUUCUACCAGCCGCUGGCUCAAGUCCUCAGCUACUCCAAAGAUGCGGAGGUGAGGGUGUGGGACAUUUCCUCUCAUCGCUGUCUCAGGACCCUACACCUGCAGUUCCCCUGUUUGCAGCCAGGCCACUCUCCAGAGUAUGGAGACUUCCCCUUCCUCUUAGUGACUCCUCCCCUUCCUUCACGGACUCCGCCCCAUUUGCUGGUGAGCUGUAAGGACUACCUGGCUCUGCUGAGGCUGGGAGAGAGAGGGAAAGGAGGCAACAUGGAGAGAAUUGGAGGAGGGGGAAGGAGAGAAGCAGGAGGGGGGACACAACUCCAGCACAUUCCCCUUUCCUGUGCCCUCUAUAACCCCACUCUGAGACAGUUGGUAACCGGGAGCAAUGACUCAACUGUUUUGGUGUGGGAUGUGGCAACUGGAGCGUGGCUUAUGACUAUUGCCAAUGCCCAUGGAGAGGAGGAGGUCACUUGCAUGGCGUUGGACUCCUCCCACAGACGACUCAUCACUGCAUCAACCAACGGCACCAUCAAGGUGUGGAAUCUUCUAAAUGGGCACAAUUUGCAUAAACUGGAGCCUGUCACAAGCUCUGAGGUCACUGGGAUCAUCUGUCUCUAUGACAACCGGCUACUCGCUGUGGGGUGGAGCCAGCAAAUAGUUCAGUAUGACAUCACAGGAGCAAAGGAUGUGUGUGUGAAGGCAGACAUGUCAUGGAAGUCUGGACGUAUUCACAAAGCAGACAUCCAAGCUUUGGCCCACUGUCCUGCCUUGGGGGUUGUUGCCACGGCGAGCCAUGAUGGAGAGAUCAUUGUCUGGGCGAUGGAAACCCAGAGGCCCCUGGUGCGCCUGCGAAGGGACCCUCCAUCUGGGGUGGCGCCCCCUGUGGAGAAUCUACUGUUCCUGCAGGCCAGGGCUGGAGCCAGACAGUGGAGGAGCACAGCUGUCCUGGUUUCCUCUCAGGACGCCUGGAUCUGCUUCUGGAGCAUUGCAGGACGCACUCACACACAGGGGGAGUUUUGUCCCUCAGCCCCAGCAGGGGAGGUGUUGUGUCUGACGUCAGACCAGGACAGCAGCCUGCUGGUGUCUGGAGACAGGAGUGGCCAUGUGAAGCUGUGGGACAUCUCUCAGUAUGCUCUGGACAUCACCCUCCAGCCCACCUCGGCCAGCCCCCCUCUGCUGCGCUCUUGGAGGGCCCACCAGGGGGCGCUGGUGAGCCUGGAGCUGCUGCAGGAGGACCCAGGCGCCCUGUUUCUGCUGACGGCAUCAGGAGACGGCUCUGCCCGACUGUGGACCAGGGAGGGGGGGUGUGUGGGGACGUUUGGACUGGACGCACAUUGGGACCUCCAGCAUCCAGACACCUACCAUGGGAGCUGGCACCAGGAGACCACGGGGACGGAGGAGGUGCAGAGUGGAGAGGACCAAUCAGAAAGCAAUGAGGUCAGAGGUCAGCUUGGUGACCUUGUCAGUCGAGGCCAAACAUCACAGGAGGAGGAUCAAGGGGAAGCCUCUAGCCCUGAGGAGUUGGACCAGAGGAACCUAACUGGAGUUGUCAACACCUCAGAGAACCCUGCUCAGACUCAACAAACCAAAGGAUAUGUGUGUCGGGGUGUGUAUGAGGACCUCAGGAGGAAGGCGGCCGUGCGCUGUGAGAGGAGACGGCUGUUUGGUGACAUUGACGUCAACAAACUCAGCCUGGUGGGAGGGGUGUGCACACCCUACCAAACUCUUGUGCUACAGGACUACCAGGAAGUCCCCUUGACAGAGGAUCUACCCAUAAGUCCCUGGAUGCAGUGUCACAGUCCCAGGUCUCCCAGUGAGGCGGGGCUUAGCUCCCUGCAGCUGUCAAUCACCAGUUCAGACCAGGAACCAGAAACAGCAACCUGACCAGCCAGUAGGGGUGGGCGUAGCAGAGGACUCUGCAUGCAGAGUGUGUGUGUGCACUUGCAGAUGUGAGGUCUGUUUUUAGAUGUCUGCUCCUCUCUGGUCCCUAGCUUUGGAAGGAAUGUUGCAGGAAUUUCCCUCGUCUCUACCACACAGUUCACCAUGCCAAGGUGCCUAGAAAUGUAGGUGCUGUAAACUGUACAGCCAUGGUAUUUAAUAAAGAGGAUG